AUGGUGAGCGAACUCGGGUACAAGGUCGAGCCGCAAUGGCAUUCGAAACCAAAUUUCAUUCGAGUUAUUUGCGUUGGCGCUGGUGCGGCAGGCCUGUUGGUGGCGUACAAAAUGAAGAAAGAUUUCAAGAACUACGAACUCGUCUGCUAUGAGAAGUUCGUGCUCACCUAUCAAUCAUCCAUGGGAACGUCAGCUAAUGGCUCCAAAGGAACUCCGGAAUUGGUGGAACAUGAAUGGUCGACUUUUUACGCCUAUGCGCCCGAGAUCAAGCAGUAUUUCGAGAAAUUUGCCGACAAGUAUGAUCUCCACCCGAACAUAAAGCUGAAUUCCAAGGUUCUGUCAGCAACCUGGGUGGAGGACAAAGGCAUAUACGAGGUUGAAGUUGACGUUGAGGGUCGUAAGAUCAACGACUGGUGCCAUGUCAUCAUCAACGGCACCGGCUUCCUCAACGACUGGAAGUGGCCAAAGAUCGAAGGACUACAUGACUUCGAGGGAAAGCUUCUUCAUAGCGCAAACUGGGACUCUUCGGUUGAUUAUACGGACAAGACAGUCGCCGUCAUUGGGACGGGGUCGUCUGCCAUCCAAAUCGUGCCCCAGGUGCAGAAGAAAGCAAAACACCUGACUACCUUCAUGAGGUCUGUGACAUGGAUUUCUCCACCCGUCGGAGGCCAAGUUCUCGAAGAGGACAAGAGCCACUCGUCGGACUCGAAGCAGACCCAGGCGCCUCAAGCACAGUACUGGUAUACAGAGGAGGACAAGAAGAGAUUCCGCGAAGACCCCCAAGCCUUGCUCGAAUACCGAAAGAAACUCGAAUCUAGUGUUAACAACCUGUUCGAUAUGUUCAUUGCCGGAUCGGAGACGUCGCAGUGGGCCGAGAAGCUGAUGCGCGAGGAAAUGCACCGGCGGAUCGGACCAGGGCACGAGGAGUUGAAGGAGAAGUUGAUUCCAAAAUGGGCGCCGGGCUGUCGAAGGAUUACUCCCGGUGAUGGUUAUCUUGAGGCAUUAGUCAAAGACAGUGAGCAUACCAAAUGUGUCAUUGACAUGGACCCGGCUAACGAAGCCACAGACGUGACACCCGUCCAUAAUGAGAUCGUCAAGGUCGUCCCUGAAGGAUUGAUCGACGAUGCUGGUCGACUGCACAAGGUCGACAUUCUUGUUUGCGCCACAGGUUUCAACCUUGCGUUCGCGCCCCCAUUCAAAGUUCUCGGAGUCAACGGUGUCAGUAUGGCGGAUGAGUUCAACCCUGAACCACAGGUUUACCUCGCUCUUACGGUGCCGAAAUUCCCCAACUAUUUCGUUGUCAAUGGUGUCCGAGGCAAUUGGGCGGCUGGCACAGCUCUCCCCUCGCAUGAAGUCCAAGUCGAAUACAUCCUGCAAUGCAUGAAGAGGAUGCAGGAGGAGAACAUCCGAGCCCUCGAGGUUAAGAUGGAGCCAGUAAAGCAACUGUACGAGCAUAUUGACGAAUGGCACAAAGGCUCUGUCUGGAACAGCGACUGCAAGAGUUGGUACAAAAACAACAUCGUCGGUGGUAAGCUGUGGAUUUGGGGUGGCUCACGGAUCAACAGUCUCUUAAAGUCGGCGGAAAGCUCACUUGACAGCAUGAAGGCGGCCAGAUAUCACGGGCGUCGCGAUUUGAGGGUCGAGGAUGUGGAUGUCCCACAAAUCGUUGACGGCCAAGUUCUGAUCCAAAUCGAAUGGUGUGGCAUUUGUGGCUCUGAUUUGCACGAAUAUCUGGUCGGACCGGGCAUUAUCCCCCAGAAGGAUGCACCACAUCCACUGACAGGGGCUGUGAUGCCUGUGACGAUGGGCCACGAAUUUUGCGGUCGAGUGACUAAGGUUGGCCCAAACAGCAAAUUCCAGAUCGGACAGCCUGUCAUGGUUGAUCCACGGGUUUUUUGUUCCAACUGUCAUUCAUGUAACAUCGGGGACACGAAUAUUUGCAAUAGUUGGGGAUUUUUGGGGCUGCAGUCACCCGAUGGGGGAGGUUUCUCGGAAUACGUCGCAGUCAAAGAGGAAAUGUGCCAUGUCCUGCCCGACUCAAUCCCCUUGUCUGAAGCUGCCUUGAUUGAGCCGUUGACGGUCGCCAGGCAUGCGACCAAAAAAUCUGGUUUCGACGACUAUCGGGACAAGACCAUCCUCGUUCUUGGCGGUGGACCAGUCGGAUUGGCUUUAAUCUUUGUGCUGAGGGCCUCUGGGUUUGGUAAACUCAUCGUGAGCGAGCCAACAAGUCAGCGGCAGGAACAGGCAGCAAAGUUUGUCGACAUGGUGUUAAAUCCCAGGGAAAUCAGCGUGCCUGAGAAAUGCCGGAUCAUGCCAGGUCUAAAGGAUGGUAUGGAUGCGCUUCGACGGGGUGGGACAUAUGUUAACGUCGCUGGUUGGGAGAGAGAAUGUGUUGUGCCCAUGGAGCAUUUCAUGUUGAAGGAAAUCAUCUUCCGGGCUUCAAUGAGCUAUACAGCAGAAGAUUUCAAGCAGACUGUGGACGAAUUCGUGGCUGGAAAAUUCGAGGGAUUCGAGAAACUGGUUACGGCGAGAAUAGCGUUGGACGACAUUGUGAAGAAAGGAUUUGAGGAAUUAGUCAACCACAAAGAUGACCAUGUCAAGAUCUUGGUGACCCCCAUGAAGGAGCUUCAUAACUGCGCCGUUGCCACGGGAAGGGCCGAGGCGGUGACCCACUGGCGCUUGGAGACAAUUUUUGUUUUCUGGCAGCCCAAAUUUUGGGCUCCGAAAGACAACAUAAUCAACAUCCUCAGCCGUCGCUUUCCCGCGUCCUUCCUUGUCAGUCGUCUUCCUACCUCGAUGGACGCCCAUGCGCAUCUCCUUUCGCUUGGCUGGGCAGGACCCGGCCACUCCCUCGAUUCGAGACCAUACAAACAAAAAGGGCAUCGAGGCCUCGCUUAUGAUCCCGCAAAAGUUGGCAACAAUGGUGUCGGUCUUGUCAAGCCUCUCCUGAUAUCACAAAGAAAAGGGCGAUUCGGCGUUGGCAAGAAGGCGCAUGAACCACAGGCCGGAAAUCAGUGGUGGCUGAAAGGAUUCGAGAAUGCAUUGGGGAAUAUUGGCAAGAGCGAAAGUGAGAGAAGCAGUGGCACAACGACCCCAGUUGCAUAUGGCCAUGGUACUGGAAAACACGGUGGACUUUAUAGCUUUUUCGUCAAGGGACAAGAGAUGGAAGGCACAAUUGGUAAAGUCGGCGAGUUCACGCGAGCUUCGAAGAAGAGGAAGAGUGAUGCGCUUAAUGAUGGGGAAAAGGAUGAUACUGCAGAAUCCACGUCGUUGAAGAAGAAGCGAGAGGCUGCGACAGAAUUUGAAGAGGCUGGCGCAUAUUUUGCGUUGCGUGACAAAGACGAGAAGCGUGGCCAGCGUGUGCAAAGGCAGGACCCGGUUGUUGAGUUCGAGCAAGUCGGCGAAUACCUUCAAGCAAGGCUUCAGAAGAGACAAAAGAAGCGGAAAUCAAAAGUUGGGCCUGGGGCCACAGAUCUCGACACACCAGUCGAAGUUGACAACGAGGAGCCGUCAACUCCGAACAAAGUAGAGUCGAAGGAAGAGAGACAGGAACGGCGGCGACGACGAAAAGAGAAAAGGGAGCAGAGGCGAAAGGCGUUGUUUGAUCUAGAAAACCAACGACAAAAUGUCUCACCAGCCAAUUCUAUUGCUAAAGAUUCGGACGGCACAGCUGAUCGGAGGACACAGCGCAGGCGGGGGAAAGCACAAGUUUUACCAAGUCAUCAGAUGGCUGAGGGCGAUUUGUGA